UGCCUGUGCCGCCGCCGCCGAGAACCGAACGCGCUCCGUGACGCCGUGACGGCGCGGCGGCGGCAGCCCUUCGUCGCGGUCGCCGCGCCUCCACGGCCACCAGUUGUCAUCCAUGCCGUCGCCAGCGAGCACGCCGAGCGCGCAACGACGAAAACGCCGCCGCCGUGACUAUCAUCCACUACACCAACAACCAUACUACAAUCCUUACCCCGGCGCCGUCGUAUCGCUACCGGCAGACACCACUACCACGUCGCUGUCACCUGUGGCUCUAGCCACUGCAGCAGCCGUAGCUUCGAACGCCGCCACCACGGCAUCGUCCACGGCGUCCGUCGUGGCCGCCGCAAUGGCGAUCGCCAAUGAGACCAACAUCGAUCUGAUAAUGAUCAACAAGAUCAAGCAGCACCAAGUUUUGUACGACACGGACGAGGAUCAGUACAAGUACAUCGACAAGAGGGACAUGGCGUGGAAGGAAGUGGCAGAUGAGCUUGGCAUGCCGGUUAACGAUGUCAAAUUGCGCUGGAAACGUUUACGCGACAAUUUCCGAGUGUCCAUCAAACGCACCAAAGGAUUGAAUCUCAAACCCGGCCUACCGUUCGUCGAGGGCAAGCCCUGGAAGUAUCAAAAGGAAAUGGAAUUUCUCUUACCCUUUAUGCAAAUCGGAGGGUAUUCUCUGAAGAAAAUGCUGAACUUGGAACACUCACCCACCCAGGACUACGCGGUCGUGUACGACGACUGCAAGACGGACGGGUCCUCCAGCCCGUACAACAACAUGUCGUAUGACUACGACGAGAUGCCCGAGCCCCGCGUGGAGAUGAAGGAGAUGGCGGGCAACUACUCGAACGACGAGGGAGGCGUGGACGACGAGCUGCUGUACCCGGACGUGGAGAUCCUGAGCAAUGGAAAGCACGAACCCCUUCACCGGGUCGCCAAGCGGGUCAAGCGGUCGGCGGAAGCCGCGGCGGCGGCUGCAGCCAAGGAGGCCGACUCGUCCGCCCAGCUCAAGCUCAACCAACACCACAUGAACCACUAUUACCACAUACAACAGCAACAGCACACCCACGCCAAGGUGCACCCCGUCGACCUGUUCUUCUACAGCAUGGCCGAGACGACCAAGGGCCUACCUCAAGCGUACCAGGCGGAGAUCAAGCGCCGCGUCCUCGAGAUCGUCAUCAAGGCCGAAGAAGAGAUGAACAAAAAUAAAAACUACGAAUGAGUGUCGUACAAACGACAAUCCAUAUCCCCUCUCUUGCUCUCUCAUCUCUCUACGAAUAAGCCUUUUUUUGUUUUUGUACCAUUCUCCCUUUUUUAUACAUUAUAUUAUAUUAGCAUUUUUGAUGUCCCUCACCAAUUUUUGGUCGAGAUGUUGAUCGCUUGUCGUUCUCAUAUUUUACAAUCAAAUUGCUUAAUUUAUUAUUAUUAUUAUAUAAUUAUUUUUUUGUUUGGUAAAUUCCAAUGACUUAAGUGUUACAGUUAUCGAAUGGCCGUGAUACAAUUUCUGAAAUGUCCAACACCAAUUAUUAUUAAUACACAUCACUCAGAAUUAAGAGAUAAUUAUUUAUAUUAUUAUUUUUUGACCCGUGGAGACAAAUGACGGGUAUAUAUUAUAUUUAUUAUACUAAUUAGUGUAAAUGUAGGAAAGCACUCUGAAAGAAAGUUUUUGUAAUAUAAACAUUCCGAAUUUUGCCACCAAAAUGGCUUUGUGAUAAUAAUAAUGUGUUAAAUAUUUAGUACCUAUGACUAUAUUAUAAAAGUUAUGCAUUCCAUUGUAGUGUACUUAUACAGUGU